AUGGCCCUCGACAGCCCAUCAUCGUCUCUGGCUUUUACAACACAUUUUUGCGGGUGUGUUAGUAAUCCGAAUUACUUUUUCAAUCCCUUCUCUACGUCCUCGUUUCUCCCCUUCCUCCCACCAUUGUUCUCUUACGCUUCCCCCUUUUUUCAAUCCCUUCUCUACGUCCUCGUUUCUCCCCUUCCUCCCACCAUUGUUCUCUUACGCUUCCCCCUUUUUUCAAUCCCUUCUCUACGUCCUCGUUUCUCCCCUUCCCCCCACUAUUGUUCUCUUACGCUUCCCCCUUUUCUCAAUCCCUUCUCUACCUUCUCCCUUUUCUCAAUCCCUUCUCUACCUUCACCUUUCCCCUCUUCCUCCUACCAUUGUUCUCUUACGCUUCCCACUUUAUUCAAUCCCUACGUUCUCCUUUCUACUCUUCCUAUCACCUUUGUUCCUCUUACCUUCCCCCUUCUUUUAAUCCCUUCUCUACGUUCUUUCUCCUCUUCCUCUCACCUUUGUUCUCUUAUGCUUCCCCCUUUAUUCAGUCCCUUCUUUUUCCUCUCCCUCCCACCAUUGUUCUCUUACGUUUUUCCCUUUUUUAAAUCUCUUCUUUACGUUUUUCUUUCUCCUCUUCCUCCCACUUUUGUUCUCUUACGCUUCCCCCUUUAUUCAGUCCCUUCUCCACGUUCUCCUUUCUCCUCAUCCACCCACUGUCUUUUUUUUAUUUUCUUACUCUUCCUUUCUUCUUUUUCACCUUUUUUCUCUUUUACAUUUCUUCCCAUCGUCAGUUUUACGAUUCCCAGUUUUCGCUUAUUGUUCAUAUUCCUCCUACUGGACUACGCAUGCGCAUCGUGA